AUGCACGAGACCACGCACAUUGUCACUUCGUCAUGCUUUGUGCACCUGCAGCUGGCUCCCUGCAGCAAACGACAACCCAUGAGCGUUGCAGGUAGAGGUAGGCAGCCAUGCCUUGCUUCUGUGCAUAUGUUUUGGGCCAUGUUGUUGAUGGUAUCGCACGUGGCUGCAGAGGAUGAAUGCCACAAAGCAUCCUUCCUUCAGACCGACAUCUUCGUGAGACUGGAACGAGAUCUUCAGACGAGCCCCCUGCAACAGCAAACCAAGGCUUGCAAUCCACCCAGCGGGUGGCAGGGUAUUUGUGCGGCAUUGCAAGCGGAGGACAGGUAUGUGCCCAUGGAGGAAGUGAUUUCUAGGUAUGCUGGCUUGGAUGGCUAUUGCAUAUUUGGCGAGCUGGGUAACUGGACUCGAAAAUGUGCGAUUGCUCGGUGUUACGAGAACGCUCGCCCCUUUGCCGAGAGCUACAGUGACUGGUACAAGACCUACUUGCUGGACCCGGUCUCGACACCCAAGAAACUAAGGAUGCCGAAUGGACGGGAGAUCACCAUCCGCGACCACCAGUAUCCGCUCGACGACCUUUACUGCUUGGCAAACGGAUGGUAUGAUCUUCCACGCUCACCCACCGUCAACAACUUUACUUACCUGGUUCAGGUUUCGGAGUCUUCGUGCCGUCUCUUAGAGACGACGGUGCCAAGCUACCACAACAUGACCCUCAACAUGCUCAUCAAGGAGGGCACGCGAGACGAGAAGCGACUCGAAGAGCUCCUUCGCAGCUCUGAUCCAGCUACUUGGCUUAGGGUUCCUGGGCUUAGGGUUAGGUCCAUGUCCGGGCUUGCAAGGGUUUAG